GUUUUUUGUGGCAGAAGGAGAAUACUGACCUGAGAUGGAGGUCAAAACAUCAUUGAGCAAAGCCAGUAGGAUUCCUGAAAGUGUAUCCACGUUAAUUAAUGAAGAAUUUGUCCUGGUUCAUCAGCAAUCUGAGGACACCUCUAGAAAAGAUGAAAAACCUCAGCUAAAGGUAUUUUCAAAUGGAGAUGAUCAGCUGGAGAAGGCAAUGGAGGAGAUACUGCGGGAUUCUGAGAAAGACCAGAACAAUGUUACUGCUCUCCAAGAAGGUUUCAGCGAUGCAGGCAGCCAGGCAGCUGCAGAUGAGUCAGCAGGUCAAACAAAUCAGCCAUCUUUGCACCUUGUUUUAGACCCUUCCACUACAGAAAUCUCUGCACCAAGGCCAUCUUCUCCCAGUGAACCCCCGGAAGAGGACAGCGUGUUGUUUAACAAACUGACUUACUUGGGCUGCACGAAGGUGUCUGCCCCUCGAAACGAACCGGAAGCUCUACAGGCCAUGGCAAACAUGAAAUCCUCAAGUCAAGCCCCUUUACCUGUAACGCUUUAUGUUCCAAACAUUCCAGAAGGCUCUGUAAGAAUAAUAGAUCAGUCGAGCAGUGUGGAGAUCGCCUCAUUUCCAAUCUAUAAGGUGUUGUUUUGUGUCCGUGGACAAAACGGGACUUCAGAGAGUGACUGUUUUGCAUUUACUGAAAGCAGCUGUGGAACGGAAGAGUUCCAGAUUCACGUUUUCUCCUGUGAGAUUAAAGAGGCAGUCAGCCGAAUUUUAUAUAGUUUCUCAACAGCAUUCAAACGUUCUUCCAAACAAGCAUCUGAUCACGUUAAGGAUUUUGUUCUUCCUACUCCCGAUAGCGAUGUGUACACUUUCAGUGUUUCCUUAGAAGUCAAAGAAGACGAUGGAAAAGGAAAUUUUAGCCCUGUGCCAAAGGAUAGAGAGAAGUUGUAUUUCAAGCUAAAACAGGGAAUUGAGAAGAAAGUGGUGAUUACAGUUCAGCAACUCUCGAACAAAGAACUGGCCAUUGAAAGGUGCUUUGGGAUGCUACUAAGCCCUGGACGAAACGUGAAGAACAGUGACAUGCAUUUGCUAGACAUGGUAAUACUUGGCUCUAAUCUUUCUGAUGGGAAGGCUUAUGUGAUUACUGGAAUGUGGAAUCCUAACGCGCCCAUGUUUCUAGUACUUAAUGAGGAAACUCCUAAAGAUAAGCGUGUAUUCAUGACUGUGGCAGUGGAUAUGGUUGUUACUGAAGUGGUAGAGCCAGUGCGCUUUUUGCUGGAGACUGUCGUGCGUGUGUAUCCUGCCAAUGAACGCUUCUGGUACUUCAGCAGAAAAACCUUCACAGAAACUUUUUAUAUGAAGUUAAAACAGUCUGAAGGAAAAAGCCACACAAGUGCUGGGGAUGCAAUUUAUGAAGUUGUCAGUCUGCAAAGAGAAUCUGCAAGAGAGGAAGAAUUGGUCAGCCCAGCAAGUGGAGGAGGGCCUGUGUCAUCCCAGGAGGAUGAGGCAGAAGAAGAGAGUGAUAAUGAGCUCUCCAGUGGCACUGGUGAUGUGUCAAAGGAUUGUCCUGAGAAGAUUUUGUAUUCCUGGGGAGAAUUACUGGGAAGAUGGCACAACAACCUUGUUGUGAGGCCCAACGGGUUAUCCACUCUGGUGAAGAGCGGGGUUCCAGAGGCGCUGAGGGCAGAGGUCUGGCAGUUGCUGGCAGGGUGCCACGACAACCAGGCGAUGCUGGAUAAGUACAGAGUGCUCAUCACGAUG